AAGGACUCCAACGCCGAGGAGGCGCUGAGGGAGGCGUUCAAAGUGUUUGAUAGGGACGGCAACGGCUUCCUGUCGGUCGAAGAGCUCAGACACGCGAUGCAGACCUUAGAUGACAAUCAGAUGACGAACGAAGAGUUGGACGAAAUGGUGGCCGAAGUCGAUGUCAACGAUUAUCAUGAGAUCAAUUACGAAGAGCUCAUCACUCUUAUGACAUCCGUUCCCAAAUAG